AUGAAUACCAGACAUCAUUUUCUGCUUGUUCUUGCAGCAACCUUUUAUCUCCUAUCCUGUCAAAUAUCAAUUGCAACUGAAGACGAUUUUCUUUGGAUUUGGCACCAUAUUUACAUUACCAAUGACUUGCCUGGAGACCCCUUAAAGAAAUUGAUGGUUCACUGCAAGGACAAAACCAAAGACCUCGGAGUUCAUUAUCUAUCUCAGAAAGAGGUGUUUCACUUUAAAGCAAGUAUCGACUUCUUCAGAAGAAGACUGUAUUUCUGCAACAUGCAAUGGAAUGGAAAGCAGACUUAUAUCGAGGCAUUCAAGGCGAAAAGAGACGAGGAUAGAUGCCGAAAGCAUUGCAUGUGGUCGGUUAGGGAGGAUGGGUUCUAUUUUAGCAAUGGAAAUGGCAAUUGGAACAAGGAGUAUCAGUGGUAG